GUAACAUUUUGGACAAAUGAUGGCGUAAUCUUCCUGAGCUGUGUUGUUGAUAUGAAUGAUGCGCUCGUAACUUUGUUCUUCAGGAGAGGAAAGGCGUAUCUAUUUACUAUUAUAAAGCUGGAGCAUGUAAAAGUGCUAUUUGUAACUAUUCUACGUGUAUUAGCUUCAUAGAGGAUAAACUUGGAGACGUUUAGAUAGAAGGAGAAAGGCGGAAAAUUCGGAAAUAUGGCUACCAAUGCAAGCCAGCGCCAGCAAGAAGGACGUGUUCAUACAAAUGGCAACAACGGGGAUGCAACUGAAAUAGACGGGCCAGCGCUGGACCGGGACUCUCUCCGCCUGUCGUUUGCCAAGCUUGGUGAUAAGCUACACAUGAAUGGUGAUGAAACAGAUCAUCAUGCCUCAUUGUCUGGCAGCAGUUCCCCUCAUCAUGUCACCCCCUUCUCACCCUCACGCACCCCUCGGUUCCCCAAACACAAGCCCUCUCCAAUGGACAGCACCUAUGCAGAUCUCGCUCAGCAGGUGCUGAAGGACUCCCGUACAGACGAGUCUCGCUGUGCUAACUAUGAAUUCCCUGAUGAGAUACCCAUUGAGAACAUUGAGGAGAAGAACACCAGGGUUCAAAAGGUCGUCAGUUAUGCUAGCGCUCUUAAGCAGCGUUCGGCAAACACGAGCCCAGAGAGGGCGACAGGCACCAGCACCUCUUCCAAAACUGUGUUGCCACACCACUCCAAGACCUUUGAGAUGGGAGAUGAAGCUGAAGAUGAGCUCACUCAGUCACCUGAUCCCAGCAGCCAUGAACGAUUCAGUCACAUGACGUCACAGCUCAGUCUGGAGUACCAGCGUGUGUCCAUCAGUGGGGAAGAUAUGAGUGGGGUUCCACCUGAAGACCUUCACUUCGCUUCUAUGUCCUUGGUGGAAGCGUUGUUGAUCCGUGAGAAGUACAUGGAGCUGGCUUCCCAGACCUUCCCCAGGACCACUACCUACUUCUUGAGACAGGUGGACCGGAAGCCUCUCAAUCUGGAUGAAUCAAGCUCUGUUGAAGACGCUCACAAUCAUCCUAUCAAUGCUCCGUCUAAGUCGGACCCGUUUGAGAUGGAGCUUCCUGAUGCGAUCAGUUGUGAGUUGAAGCUGAUGGAAGGUGUGAUGAGAGUCUUUGAGAAUCAGGAGAAGCUAGAGAAGAAUGAGCCCAUUGAGCUGGCCUACCCGGACAGGUCUACGUUCCUUAUUGAUAGCAACAAGAUGCUUGCUCUCAUUGCUAAUGGACCCAUUAAAUCGUUCUCCUAUCGGCGCCUGUCCUACCUAUCCUCUAAAUUUCAUCUUCACAACCUCCUGAAUGAGAUGAAGGAACUAGCAGCUCAGAAGAGUGUGCCGCACAGGGACUUCUACAACCUCAGAAAGGUUGAUACUCACGUUCACGCAGCAUCGUGCAUGAAUCAGAAGCAUCUUCUCCGCUUCAUCAAGAAGAAGAUGAAAACCGAAGCAUCACGAGAGGUCUACUUUGACAAGAAACUUGGACGGGCGCUGACACUCAAAGAGGUGUUUGACAGCAUGAAUCUCAAUGCAUAUGACAUAAAUGUAGAUAUGCUGGACGUACAUGCCGAUCGCAACACGUUUCAUCGGUUUGACAAGUUCAACUCUAAGUACAACCCAAUCGGAGAGAGUAAGCUGAGAGAGAUCUUCAUCAAGACUGAUAACUUCAUCGGAGGAGAAUACUUUGCUCAGCUCAUCAAGGAGGUAGCAGCAGACUUGGAAGAGUCCAAGUACCAGAAUGCAGAGUACAGACUGUCCAUCUAUGGACGUAACCGCAAUGAAUGGGACAACCUUGCUAAAUGGGCCGUCAAGCAUCAUGUCUACUCUGAUAACAUCCGCUGGCUCAUACAGGUCCCGAGACUAUACGAUGUGUACAAGUCCAACAAGCUGGUGUCCAACUUUGGUGACCUCCUGGACAACCUGUUUGGACCUCUCUUUGAGGUGACCAGGGACCCCAGCUCUCAUCCAGACCUUCACAAGUUCCUCAAAUAUGUGUCUGGGUUUGACAGUGUAGAUGAUGAGUCCAAGCCUGAGGACCUGAUCUUCUCAGCAGACAGCCCAGAGCCAGAGAACUGGAGUGGUAUUCACAACCCACCCUACAGCUACUACCUCUACUACAUGUACUCUAACAUCGUAGUCCUCAACAACUUCAGAAGAGAGCGUAACAUGAACAUGUUUGUCCUGAGACCUCACUGUGGUGAAGCGGGUCCAGUUCAUCAUCUUGUAACGUCCUUCAUGCUGGCUGAGAACAUCUCUCAUGGCUUGCUACUCAGAAAGUCACCAGUGUUGCAGUACCUGUACUUCCUGAGUCAGAUCGGUAUUGCCAUGUCACCUCUCAGCAACAAUUCUCUCUUUCUCAACUACCAUCGUAACCCGCUCCCAGAGUUCCAUGCGCGUGGUCUCUGUGUCUCCAUCUCCACCGACGACCCUCUUCAGUUCCACUUCACUAAGGAGCCGUUGAUGGAGGAGUACAGCAUUGCAGUACAGGUCUGGAAGCUUACUACGUGUGAUAUGUGUGAGCUUGCACGUAACAGUGUCGUCAUGAGUGGAUUCGAUAAUGACACUAAAGACCACUGGCUUGGGCCUAACCAUCGCAAGGAGGGGCCAGCAGGUAACGAGAUCACCCGUACCAAUGUACCUGACAUCCGAGUAGCAUUCCGCCAUGAGACGCUGUGUGGCGAGCUCUUGACCAUCUGUAGAGCGGCUCAAGACAAGAGUGAACAUUUCGCAGCUCUCCCAAAGAACUUCUAGUUGAUGAGAACCAACAGAUGCAUUGUGUAGAAAACUCCUUGCUAUCUGUGGAGUCACACAAUACCAGAUUGGGAGAACCUUCCAAGAAGAAUGGGAGACAUUGUAUGGAAAGCUCAUUUCUGUUCCUUUGAUCAUUGCAAGACCAGACAGAAUGUCUUUCCAGAACUCUCCAAAAAGUUCUGGGAGACUAGAAAUGAGUGAUUCAGUAUGCUGAGAGCACUGGCUCAUUUGUUUUAGGGAACAGCAUCAAAUCAAAUGGACUGUUAGGUCAGAACUAUGGGAAAAGUUCAGGAAGACUAGGAGUAAACCAAAAAGUCUACUUCUGACCACCUUAAGAGCAGUGGGGGAAUAAAUGAUCACCUCCCAGUUCUCCCCAAGAAGCCCCGGAAGAAAAUCCAAAGUCAGAACAGAGGCGUUACGCGUAGAGCUUCCCAAUACCUGUGGAGUGACCCAAAGACAACAUGGUCUGACCUUCAGGACCCUUAAUUAAAGGAGCUGUUUGGAAGUCUUUGACACUGCUGCUUGAGAUUAUUACCACUUUCUGAUGAUCAUUAGGUGGUCCUACAAUGAUCCAGCUUUCUUUCGUUGAUCUUUGGGUCCUUAUUUCCAGCGACCGUUCAUUUUCUUUUGUUUCUCAUGCCUGUCAGCUGAUGAUGAUCAAUGGCUGUUUGUAAAAAAAUGUUGUUCAGUCUCUGUUACUUUUAUUCUUGUGUCUGGCAUUGAGAACAGUAGACUUAUCUAAAUCACUACAAUUCAUUCAUACUUGUCACAUUUUGAAAUCUAUAUUUGAUGUUUUACUUGAUGAUUAUGUACUUAUUUUUGUCAUUCCAUUUUACACCUACAUUUUGUUGUUCACAUUUUACUUGGCAUUUCCCUUUUGAUGUACUUGUUGUUUACACUACCGGGUAUUUUAGCUCUUUAUGCACCGAGAAAUUUGAGACGUAAUGGUUGAAGCUACUCUCCAUUUGGUAUUUGGUUUAUUCUACAGCAUCAUUGUAUUGGCCUAUAUGCACAAAGAAAUGACAUCAUUUACAAGUCAUGUUCAGUCCUCUCAACUUCUUUAUUAGCCAAUCACAAACAAGGUAUCAACUGGUCCUCUUGAAAGGUUUGACAGUCUACUCCUGAUUGGCUAGGGACAUAGAGUUGGAUCCAUCAUAGCUGAAAUGUAUCAAAAGCCUUGUUAAGAUAGGUAGUUUGUCAUAUUUCCCCUUCAAUGCUCUUUCCUAUUAUUACGUCUUAGUAACACAGAUAGUGCAAUAAGGCAUUGGUCAUAUGCUCCAUGCAAUUUAAGAAAUGUUAGGAGACUAUAUGAAGGUGCUGACUUUUAGAUGUUAUGUAUUUCACGGACUCGUUCAAAUAUAACCUGCUAUUCCUGUUCAUAAUUUCAACAUGUUCAAUUCCUUAAAAAUUAUGCAAAUGUACAUAUCGUCCCUUAUUUUUACGAAGUGACGGUAGUGAGGAAAAUCGUCACUCAAAGUGAAUGCAAUUUUUUUCACUACCGUCACUACAUGAAAACAGCGACGAUAUAUAUCAAUAUCAUAGGUGUUAAACGGAAUUCUUUAUGAAGCUCUUAUCGAUUAGUUUCUUCACAGUUUGUAUUCAUUAUUUACGGUAUGAGGGUUCGUGUACAUGUUGAGGUGUGGACCGGACUGGAUCACAUGGUUUGCGGUUCAAAUCCCGCCUCAGCACUAAUGUCCUUUGGCAAGACAUUGAUCUACAUUUGCCACUCUCCACCCAG